AAAACUGUAAAGGGGGAUGUGGCUGUAGGGGCUGGUAGUUCUCAUGAGUAUUACUGCACUUCUUUCCCACAGCUAAAAGAAUAUCAGCAGAGGAACAGACCUGGUGUUCUGCCAGGAGUGAAGACAAAAAAGAAGAAAACUGGCAGUAGCCCUGAGACAACCACUUCUGGUGGUUGCCACUCACCUGGGGAUAGCCGGAACCAGGAACUGGAAGUAGCCCUGGACUCAAGCUCCGCAACAAUCAAUCAACUCUAUGAAAACAUAGAAUCACUGAAACAACAGAAGAAACAAGUGGAACAUCAGCUGGAAGAAGAAAAGAAAGCAAACAAUGAAAUACACAAAGCACAAACGGAGCAGUUAGAGACAAUCAACAUCCUCACGCUGGAAAAGGCAGACUUGAAGACCACCCUUUACCAUACUAAACGUGCUGCCAGACACUUUGAAGAAGAGUCCAAGGAUCUGGCCGGCCGCCUGCAAUACUCUUUACAGCGUAUUCAAGAAUUGGAGCGGGCUCUCUCUGCUGUGUCUACACAGCAGCAGGAAGAGGACAGGUCCUCGAGCCGCAGUGAAGCAGUCCUCCAGCAGCAGUUACGGCAGACUGGAAAGGAGCGGGCGCUGCUGAACGCACACGUGACACAGGUGAGGCUUUGCAGAGGGAAGCUAGAGAAAGAUGAAUAUGCUCAACAUAUAAAAGGAGAGAGGGCCCGGUGGCAGGAGAGGAUGCGGAAAAUGUCGAUGGAGGCUCACGCAUUGAAGGAGGAGAAGAAGCGUGACAUACAUCGGAUACAGGAGCUGGAGAGGAGCUUCUCCGAACUCAAACACCAGAUGGCUGAGCCCCCAUCCCCGGUGGACCCAGCAGGGACAUCUGAGGUGGAACAGCUACAAGAUGAGGCCAAACACCUGAGGAAAGAGGUGGAAAGUCUGGAGGGAAAGCUCCAAUUCCAGAUGGAAAACAAUCAGGCCUUGAGUCUCCUGAACAAGGAACAAAAGGAGAAGCUCCGGGAGCAGGAGGAGAGGCUUCAAAAGCAGGAGGAGAGGAGGUUGCGGGAGGAGGAGAGACUAUGUGAGCAACCUUUGUCCUUGAAUCUGGAAGCCAACCACCACAUGCUCCUCAUGCCCAGGGUCUUCCUGCAGAUACAGCUGAAGAGCCAAGAGUCUCAGAGUCUGCAGCAGCAGCAAUUAUUUUGGCUCCAGAGUGGCUUUAUCGACCUCCCAAAGGAGAAGGUGGACGGGAAGGAGCAGGUGGAGAACCUAGAGCUUGGAUUCAUCCAGCUCUCUGGAGCGACAGAUGGCAUGAGAGAGCACAUCACGGUAUAUGAGAGCCAGGGGGCAGGGCCAAACAUGCGGCACGAGGAGGAGGAAGCCAGCAGGCUGGCCCAGAAGGAGCAGGAGAUGAAGGUGAAGCUGCUGGAGCUGCAAGAUAUGGUGUUGCCAGUUGCAGGCGACCUCGAGGGGCAUGGCAAAUUCCUCCCUGCUGUCCAGAACCCUCUUGAGGAGCCCGCUCCAGGGGCCCCAGCCCCCCAGGAACUUGCAGCUGCGGAGGAGCAGAGUGAUUUUCAGGACAGCGUGGAGCCUGCACCGGGACAGGCCAGGGAGGGUUCUCCCCGUGACAACCCCACUGCACAGAAGAUCCUGCAGCUGCUUCCUGUAACGCAGGACGCCCAGGAGCACCCAGGCUUUGCCACCAAACCCUGCGUGCCAUUCUUUUACCGGGCAGCCGAGAACAGGGAGAAAAACAUCAUCAUCAUCUGA